AUGCAGAACCCUAAUGAGGAUACAGAAUGGAAUGAUAUCCUUCGUGCCAAAGGUAUUCUGCCUAAAAAGGAAAAAGAAAUAUCAGAAAAUGAUAUUGUUGACAUGAUAGAACAGACUAUCCAACAAAAACAGAAUGAAAAGGAUAAGCAACUAUCAGAGCUAGACCUAGAUGGUCUUGAUGAGCUUGAAGAUUCAGAGGAUGAAGCCGUCCUUGAAGAAUACAGAAGAAAGCGGAUAGCUGAACUGAAGAGACUCGCAGAAAAGCCAAAGUUUGGAGAUGUUAGGGAGGUGUCAGGUCAGGAUUAUGUGCAGGAGGUCAACAAGGCAGGAGAGGGCAUUUGGGUGGUCAUACAUCUUUACAAGCAAGGCAUCCAGCAAUGCGCCCUCAUAAAUCAAUAUCUGCGUCAGUUAGCAGAGAAAUUCCCUUACACCAAGUUUCUGAAGGCCGUAGCGCAGACAUGCAUCCCCAACUUCCCGGAGAAGAAUCUACCGAGCAUAUUUGUGUACUUUGAAGGUGAUAUGAAGAAGCAGUUUGUUGGACCACUUGAGCUUAGAGGAACCUCGCUGACUGUUGAAGAAUUCGAAUAUAUUCUGGGAAAAGUGGGUGCCGUGGAUACGAAAAUUACAGAAGACCCCAGGCCAAAGAUAAAAGAUAAGAUGUUCACAGAUCUCGGGAGCAAUGACUGGUGA